AUCAUAUUUAAUGAUAUUUUUCUAACUUAAAUAUAUAUUUUCGUUAUUAAUAUAUUUCUUCAAAGUUAUUUAAAUCUAUAUAUAUAUAAUAAUUUUUAUAUGUUUAUUUGUUUAUUUAUACAAAUAAACCUGUUGACGUAGGUAAGUACAAUGUUUUUAUAUCAUGCUGAUUAUGUCAGUUUGCAAGACCAAUUACCUAAAUAGGUAAAAAGAAUCCUUUGUGGCUGACCACCCUCAGUAAUCAAACAAAUGCAUUCGAGCAGCUUUUGAAAAGUAGUUUUUAAUCUAGUACCGCUAACUAACAAGCCAUAAAAUGGCAAAGUCGACAUAACAUCGAAUGUUUGUUAACAAACCAAAGAAAUUUCCUCUCAGCGGUUUCCGUGAUUCAUUACCGUGUUUGUACUCACUUACUGUACACAUUAAACUGAAUUUGAAGACUCAGUAAUAUCAGGUUAGUCCGUUAUUUUACACGACGUUGUAAAAAACAAAAUAAUUUCUAAUUAGUUAAGUAUAAUUUUAAAACAUUCAGCAGUUGUGGAAUCCGGUCCGGAAUCCGGUUGUGGAAAAUGUAGAUACUACAAUCUACAUUUUUUUCUGUACCAUUGUUAUGUAUAGUGUCUCUUUUACCUAUCCAUUUUUUUUUAAUCGGUAUAGCAGUUUGUAAUCGUGAGUGAUAUGAACCAGAAAAUAGAUGAUGUAAAAAUCAAGACUGUAUUAUUUAUAUCAGUUAUUAUAACAACAUUGUGGACAGACAGCUCAGCAUAUAGGAUAAAUGAUAAGAUAUUUUAUCUCCGGGAUAUGUUAAACGUUACACUUUAUGAUUACCAAGAAGCAGCAAACAAGAAGGCACUUAUUGAAACCGAAGAAUGCAGAAUACCAUACGUCAGCUGGUCGCGUAAUUCACUUUGGGAAUCUUAUCGAAAUCCAGAAAUUUUAAAACCGUGUCAAAGUAUACGUUACCCGUUGUUGAAAAAGAACGAAACUCAUAUUCGAGUUUUAGACGAAAAUCUUAACCAUCACCACGUAAAAAGGAUUGUUGACUUUGAAUGUUGUUACCAGGCGAGGCAAUAUCUCCAGAUUCAAAAUAAAUAUGCAAAAUCACAUUGUAAAUAUUUUCAACAAUCUAUUAAAGCCAAUGACGAGUAUGUAAGAGUUACAUGCAGAUACAACUUAAAGGUAAUCUACGAGGAAUUUUUUGCCUUUACUAUCAAAAAACCAUUCACCGGACAGAGAGCAAUACCUUUUAAUAAAUUUCCAAAUAAUACUGCAUACAAUGUCAUAAUACUGGGUCUAAGUGCCGUUUCUAGAGCAAAUUUUCAUCGUACAAUGAGACAUACUUCAACAUUUCUUGCAGAUAAAGGUGCUAUAGAAUUGUUUGGUUACAACAGAGUAGCCGAAUCGACAUUUAAUAAUUUGAUACCAGUUCUCGCGGGUAUGGAAGUAAAAGAGUUGAAAAGGACUUGCUGGCCCGAUGCUCAUACAACACUCGACAGCUGUUCAUUUAUUUGGGAAAGGUUCAAGGACGAGGGUUACUAUUCAGCAUUUCUAGAAGAUUCGAUUGGUCACGGCAUUUUUGUUAAUAACAAUUUCGGUUUCUCCAGCACUCCAACAGAUUACUAUUUACGUCCAUCAUUUAACGAAGCCAGUGGUGAUAAUAAUAUAUGUCUCGGAAAUGAAUUUAUUUAUCGUACCAAUCUCAAUCAUCUGGAAAACAUUAUGUACAGUGCAGAAUCGUCAAAGCUAUUUGGAAUUUUCUGGGAAUCAUCGAUAAGUCAUAAAUAUUUGAAUUUACCGAUGGUGAUGGAUGAUGCAUAUGCAAUGUUUCUUCGAAAUAUUGAAAACUCUGGUGACCUUAAUAAAACAGUUGUAAUUGUUUUGAGCGAUGGCGGCUUGAAGCUUUUAGAUAAUAAGAUAAAGAAGAAAUUAAGUAAAGAAGCUAAUCUUCCAAUAGCAAGUAUUUUAUUGCCUCAAUCGUUUCGACUUGAAUACUCAGCAGCGUAUGACAAUCUCAAAGUUAAUAGCCACCGCCUAACAACUCCUUUCGAUAUGCAUGCAACUCUUGUCGACCUUAUUAACCUACACGCUAUACGGAAUCAUGAAAUUUCAACCAGAAUAACAGUUUAUGAUAAGAAACGAAGAGGCAUUAGUCUAUUUCUCCCAAUAUCUGAAGACAGGACGUGUGAAUCAGCCAGUAUUAAGAAAAAAUGGUGUGCUUGUAUUAAAAUCAAGAAAAGCAAAAAAACUAAAAAGAAGUCAUCCCGAAUGUGAUCACUAUGGUUCGGGUACAAAAGAUGAAAUAACAAAUCAAUAUUUGUUUCUUAGGUUUUCACGUUUAUAAGUCUGACGACGCUGACCUGAAAAGGCUGCGAAACGUCAAUAAAGAAAUAAAAUCUUACCCGUUAAAACGUGUUUUAUAUAACAAAUCAGUUUAAAUAAAACUUCUUUUUUAUUUUACUUCUUCGUCAAUCAACUAAUACGCAAAUCACAGUUUUCUACUAUUAAUAUGAUGGAUUAUGGUGGAACUAACUUGCAAAUAAACAGAUAAACCCUUAACACUUAGAUUAUACUUAUUGUCGACUUGUCUAAGAAGAAACAUUGCCAUUUAAGUAAUUGUAGUAUUAUGAAACUUGAACAGUAUUACGAAGUUAAUAUGCGAAAAAAUAAAAUAAAAAAGAUUUCGACAGUGGAAAGGUAAAAUCGCUUAAACGCCACUUUGCUCGAAAAUGAAUUAUUUAUAUCAUUUAAAUCAGAAUUUUGAAGUGAAAACUUCUUUAGCAGCGUUCUACACUUUUUUUGUAACAAUAAAAUUGGAAAGGUUGUUGACUUUUAUAUUGGACGAAACAUAGUAAUAUUUUAUUUUAUCGUAUUAUAAUUAUAAGUCUCUAACUAGGACUUCCAGAUAGCAGCUUUAUUGCGAAAACAAUGCAUUAUUUUUACAAUAGAUGUCGCUAAGUGCGCCUUAAUGUGAUUCAUGGAAGUUGAUUUUUCUGAGAGAUAAACUUUUUAAUGUAAUAUAAAUUGUCAUGUUUGUGUAAGAUAGCGCAUUAAUAAAUGUUGUAUUUUACCACAUAAAUGAUAAUACUUUUAUACUGAUAAUUAAAGCAAUUCGUGCACAAUUGUUCCCUAACCAUUCCAAAAUAUCAAAAAUGCACAACGUUAAUAUUCAAAUUUUUACUUCUGUCGGCACUCCCGGAGUGCAACCCAUCGUUUUAUUUUCUGCGUCAAUAUGUUUAUGUUUCGUGAAGAUAUGAGUACUUUUUUGACGCUUAAGCAACUCAAUUUUUUAAGCUUUUAAUUGUUCACAACGCUGAAACGAAAUAAAUUUUGGUGUUUUUUGAACUAAUGGCGCUUACGCCUUGCUAUUUGGCGUUUGAUUUGAUGUUUGCUUGACAAAAAAAUAUAGUUAGUUAGUUAGUUCUUCAGGGCGGAAUGUCGGGCCAAGAGAUUUUCACUUAAGCGACAUCUAAUUCGUAAAUUAAAGGCCCUUUGUUACUUUUUAAUAAGAGGCUAUAUAGAAAAUAUUAUUGUAUGAAUAUGUUUUUAUUUUUAUGGCGCUACCUCUCCUUUACAAUGAAUUUUAUUUUUUUUUUUAAAUAAAAUACUUUGAUCCUCAUAUCUGUAAAGUUACUAAAGUGGCGUUUAAGCGAUUUUUCCUUUCCAUUUCAAAUUAUAUAUAUGAUAGUAAAAUAUUUAUAGGGAAUGCGCCCUAUGAACGAAAGUCAGUACGCAAGCGCACAGCAUCCCACUGCCUCCGCUCUGGUUUACUCAGUCCUCCCUCCAAUAACGAUCUGAGCCGACGGCUCACAAACGUAAACCAACCAAAACAAAUAAGUUAAUGCAAUAUAAACAUAUCGGUGAAACAAAAUUUUGAUAUAUAAAUACCACAUAAGCAUAGAAGCAUAUCACGGAGAACAUUAUUAUGUCAUCUAGUUUGCUGGAACCGACUAAAUCCAAAACUAACAGCAAUGUGCAUAAUUUCCAUAUCUCCCGGUUAAACCUUAAAAAAACAAUGGAAAUAUGACUUUUCAAUGUUCUAAAAAUGGUAUUUAAAAAUGUUGUCUCAAGAUCUGCACAUAUAGUUACAUACUGAAUAAACCUAGCAUGGGUCGGUCGUUGAAGAGCCUGAACUGUAUUCGAUGUGCCCCGUCGCACUUCAAAUACCUGUUCCUCCUCGCAAUUGUUUGUGGCGCCAUCUUCCUCUUCUUUACCAUCAGCAACACCACCGUCGACUUCUUCCUUAGUUAUGAAACACCGACGUCGCCUAUGGACUUUAGGCGCUCAAGCAUACCUGAGUCCGAUGAAGGUUUCACCAUCAAUACGGUAGGAUGCACGAUUCCUGGAUUGAGACCUUUCGAUGACAGCAUAAAGAAAUUCAUCACUCCCCCUGAUAUAUCACAAUGUCGAUACGCCAAUAUUUCGUUAUUGGGCAGCAAUGAUACUCAUAUAUGGGUCAUACAUGAGAGAUUACAGUAUUACAAUGUACCUGACAACGUAUCUUUUUCCUGCUGUUAUAAGCCGUUUUACAGACCUAACACCAUACUGGAUAUCACUUCAAACGAUGUAGACGAAAGAGUUAAAUACGAUACGUGUGUCAUGUUUGCUGAUUACAUCGAAGUAGCCAACGAAUUUGUUAAAGUGUCGUGUUCAUACCACUUAAAGAUAAUAUAUGAAAGUUUCUUCUUGUUUGCACCGAAAAAACCUUUUAUCUCGUACCAAGCUAAAGAAAAAAAAGUCAAUUUUACGGAUUUAGGGAGAAAUUUGACAAACAAAACGAGUUACAAUGUUAUCGUGAUAGGAAUUGAUACAGUAUCCAGGCUGAAUUUUUAUAGGACUAUGCCGAAAACAUUGACUUUUUUGAAGAUGAAAGGUGCUAUAGAAUUAUUAGGUUACAAUAAAGUUGGUGACAAUACUUUCCCUAAUUUGACUCCUAUGUUGAUGGGUAUAAAAGAUACCGACCUGAAGAAGACGUGUUGGCCUGAUUUACGUUCAAGUUUUGACAAUUGUCCGAUUAUAUGGAAAUGGUUUAAGGAAGCUGGAUACUACACUGCCCUCGGAGAAGACAGCGCAAAACUAGGAACGUUUAAUUUCGGGAAAAUGGGUUUUGUAGGGAACCCAACGGACUAUUAUACUCAUACUUUUAUGCAUGAAGCUGAAAUUAAUGUGGGAAACAACAAAGAUUUCAAUUCGUUUAUUUGUAUGGGUAAUAAGUAUUUCUAUCAAGUGCUUUUGGAUUACAUUGAAGCAUUAACUAGAACUUUAAAAUCUUCUAGACUAUUUGGAUUCUUCUGGGAAGUCACACUUAGUCAUGACUAUUUAAAUUAUCCCAUGGCAAUGGACUAUAGCUACGAAAAGUUUUUAAGAAAACUGGAUAAGUCCCAAUAUUUAAAUGAUACCGUUUUAGUUCUUUUAAGUGACCACGGCAUCAGAUGGGGCAAUAUUCGCCACACAAAACAAGGUCGCUUAGAGGAGCGCCUGCCAUUCGUACAAAUUUUACUUCCACCAUCAUUUCGCGAAAACUAUGAAUACGCUUAUAACAAUAUUAAACAAAACAGUCGACGGCUAACAACACCAUUCGAUAUUCAUGCUACAUUAAUGGAUUUAAUUGAUUUGAAUAAAAUAAAAGAUGAAAUAAUAGAUUCUCGCAGAAAAACUAGUUACGCAAAUGAAAGAAGCAUAAGUUUAUUUUUGCCAAUACCAACUAACCGAACAUGCAAGACAGCUGCAAUCGACGAUCACUGGUGCACUUGUUAUAAAAGUAGAAAAAUUUUAGAUAGUGAUAAAAAAGUAAUCGAUGCGGCCCAAAAUCUAGUGAAGCACUUGAAUGUUCUAAUUCAGGACCAGCCUCAGUGUGCUCAAUUGAAGUUGGAUGAGAUUUUAGACGCAUCAGAGAUGAUGGUAGGCACUCAGCAUGAGCGAGAGAAAGAGUGGAGUGAGAUAAUGGUGGUAGUCCGUACUUUGCCAGGCGGCGGAGUGUUCGAGGCCACGCUACGGCAAGACGAGGCUCAGUGGAUGCUGGCUGGCACCGUUAGCCGACUCAACCUUUAUGGUGAUCAGAGCCGCUGCGUACAACACUACCAACUAAAACUGUUCUGCUUUUGUCAGUGAUAAAAUACUUGUCUGCGGCCUGCUUUGUUCGAAUUGUUUUUAAACAUACUUAUAAAAAAUAUUGUACUUCCCGAAAAAGCAGUUAGGCAAAUCACCCAAAUAUCGUUUUUGUUUGUAAUGUAAAUACUGUACUUUUCUGAAUUCAUUACUCAAGCCAUGGGUAUAUAGUAAUCAUAGUCAUAGAUCUAAAGUAGCAACUGUUUAAAACAAUUCGAAUAAGCAGUGGUGCCUAAGAACAAACAACAUUAACUGUGAUAUUACAUAAUCUGCCAAAACAAUGUAAAUAGAAUAUAUUUUUGAUCGUACUAAAGUAUUGGAUUAUGUGAACCGACUAUAUUUAGGUUGACUUAUAUUUUCUUCUAGAUAUUUUGUACAGAUAAUAAUCAACUAACUCGUAUACCUUAAUAAUAUGAUGUAGUAGAUGAACACUGUUUCCGAAUGUAACUAUGCAUUUUUUUCAUUAAGUACCAAACUUUUUUCUUUCUAUGAGAGUAUAAUAGCAUAAGUAUAUUAAUGUACUUUAGUAUUAGGUGUGCCAAACAAUAGCUAUUGAUAAGUGUUUCCGUAGAUACAUAUCUGUCUAUAUAGAAAUAGUAAGUGAAAAUGUUUAUCGAUAGAAUUAAUAGCAUAUCGCAUAUGUUAACAUAUCACAACGAAUUGAGUAAUAAAAAUAUAAUGUGUUUUCCUUACAUUAUAACUCAAUGGUUUUUCUGCGGUUUAGUAUGUCAAGUAUAAG